AUGCUCACUGUACAGGUCCGGGACGAAAUCAUUUCGUCCGAGGAAACGUAUGUAAAGGAACUACGCACACUUGUGAUGGUCUUUCUCCGGCCGCUCGAAAAAUGGGCCGCCGAAGGCAUGAACGGACUGGACGUUCCUGCAGGAAGCGUGUCCGAGAUCUUCUCCAACGUGGCGGCAAUUUUGGAAUUCAACGAGCGGUUCUUGUCGGACCUCGCCGGUCGCCACGGCGAGGAAGUCGACGGCAGACGAAGAGGCAUUGGCACCACUUUGAGGCGGCAGUCCCUGGACAUGUUUAAGCCGUACUCGGUGUACGUCAAGAACUACCCUCAAUCUCUGAAAACCCUCGCGGCCUGCGAAGAGUUCUCCGAGUUCAACGCGUUUAUUCGGGGGUGCGAGCACCAGGACGCGUGCCACGGGCUGGACCUGAAGGCGUACCUCAUCCAGCCGGUGCAGCGGGUGCCGCGCUAUCGGCUCCUCAUCAUACAGCUGCUCAAGCACACCAAGGAGUCGCACCCUGACUGGGCGGAUCUGAACGCGGCACUAGAAACCGUUUCCAGUACGGUGACAAAGCUGAACGAAGGCGCCCGGGAUAAAGAACGCUUCGUGAGGGCAUUGGAACUCCAGUACGAGUUCAGAGAAGAUUUCCUAAAGCCCUCAAGUCAUCUCGUGAAGGAGGGAUUCUUGCUCAAGGUUUGCAACGGAGGGCCCCGCCGAUACAAGUUCGUUCUGUUCUCGCACAUGCUGGUCUACGGAACGGAGGCCAGCCUGCGGGCGAAGCUUCAGCGCGACCACCGCAAAUACAAGGUGCACGGACGGAUCCCUCUGCAUGAGUGCCUCGUGCUGGACUACGGCAGCAGCGACUCUUUCGCGAUCGCGCGGUCGAGCGGGAAGAGCUUCGUGGCCAUGGCCGUCUCCGCGGAGGCGAAGCAGGCAUGGCUAGACGCCUUCGAGGAAAGUUUCGCAGGGAUCAAGGAUAACGCCCAACAGGACGACGGCAAUCAAGGUCAACGUUCACUGCCGCAGCAGCAGCCGACAAGAAGAGGAAGCAAGAACCGCGGAGCGCCUUCGAGCCCCACCUCGGAAGCGAACAGCAGCCGCAGAGCUUCCGAGGAUGACUGGACCUUGGCCUUGCCUCCUGCCACGCGACAGGAAGAUGAUGGCCGCGUCGGUGCAGGCAACGCCAACAGCAGUGCCGGGCACUCCGCCGAAGGCGGCAUGAUCGGUAGGGAUGGGGAAGAAUGCCCCCCCCCCCUGUCGCCUCCAGCGAGACCAACAAAGCCUCAUUUGGGAUUCCCGAGCGGGGGAGCAACGCUGGCACAGACGGUGGCCGCUUCAAUGGCCAUGCCGGGUCGAUGGUCGCUACCAAACGGCGGCGGUGGCGGCGGCGGCGGGAGAAUGUCCUUGGCGUCUCAUGCUACCAGCGGUGGUGGCUCGUCUCCUCGGUCGGCGCAGUCUUCAUUUUCGAGACGGGCUGGCGUUCAGGUGUGGGUGCCGGUACACGGGCGUACAGAGAUGCACGAGAUCUCCUUGCGAGGCCUCCCCGCCGGCUCCACAUCGGGUCUCUUCAAGGUCCAGGAAGGGGGGGCAAGCAACGACGAUCUCAACAACAACGACGACGACAAAUACGCCUCCGGUGAUACCAAAGGUGGCGGCGAUCUGCCCCCCAACGGCCCCAAGAGGAAGCCGCUAGCAACCACCUUCCCGGGUGCGAGGAGCGCAACCACAAGACUAGCCGCGUCCACCAGUCGGCAAACUACGAGAUCACCUUCUCCCGGACGCCACUACGAGGGAGAUUGGGUAGGGGGCACCGUGAUCGCGGCUGGUGGGGGGGGCGGGACUGCCCGCGGCACAUAUGGAGGAAGCGGGGGCAACGCGGCGGAGGGUGUUGAUUGGCGGGUAGGGGGGGGUUCGGAGGUUGGUGCCGACGGGAGUGCAGACGUUGAUGGCGGCAGGGACGGCGGCGGUUUGGCGAGGGGGCGGCACGACUCCACGGGGCUUGCCGACCGGGCGGAAACGGAAGGAAGAGGACGACCAAGAAGAAGGCUUCCGGCUAUGCCGUCCGCGCAAGCUGUGGCCGAGAUGCAAAUGCUGCCCUUCUCGGACGAAGGGGGGAACAGCAGCGAUUCCGGAAGUAACGAUGAUGACCCCUCCAGCAUUCAGGCUGUAGCGGCGAGUUGGCGCCUGACGGGAGACAGGGGCAAGUUUCGAAAGAUGCUGGCCAAGUUCGAGGCUGGACCACGCACCACACCAGCUGACGAAGAGAAAGGGAACGCUGACGAGGAGACGCAAGCUGCAGCGGCAGCAGGCGGGAGAAGAAAACAAGCUGUGGAGCCGGACUUAGGCUGGGGCGAUAGCGUCAAAACAAGUCGGGGCGAGCAACAGACCGCGACAAAGAGGCAGCGGCAGGAAGAGGGGGGAAGAGAGAACGGGGAGAAUGAGGACGAUGCCGAAGAGGACAACGAGCGUUUCGCUUACAUUUCCAGCAGUGUGAGCACCAGUUCCAGCAGCCUCGAAACAGAGCACGUCAACCCCCUGGCCCUCAUGCGAGACCCGGUCUGUGUCAGACCAAGUGAGAUGCUCAACAACCCCACUACGCCGCGGGCCUUCUCCGCUGCCACUGCUCCCUCUCGAGACGCCGCUGGUGCGAACGCCAAGGGAGCGGAGGGUGCGCCUCCCGGGAAGAAAGAAUGCCCUUCUUUCCCCGGUACCCGCGGCGAAGAAGCCACCCGUAGUAGCAACUCCCGUCGGUCCUCUCGAUUCCUCCCGAGGGCCAGGUCUUGGACUGCCAAGAAACGGAGGAGCCCCCAACGGGCCGGCAACAGCGAUAACGACGACGGUGAAAGCAACACCGGCGGUAGCAGAAGCAACAGCCCGCGCAGGGCAUCUGCCGGGAUGUUGGGGGCCCUGCAGAGAAGCUUCCGCGACCGGCUGAAAACGAACAGGCUGCUCUCGUCACCUCCGCGAACAACAACACGAAAGCGAUGGUCGAAGAGCGACGAAGCGGAGAAGAAGGGCUUGGCGGGGUUGUUUCUGGCUAGGGCUAGAGGCACCGCGGCAGCAGCAGCCGCAGCCGCAGCGGACGGCAGAAGAAACGGCGGCUGCCCACCAGACUCACAGCAGGCAACCCCAGUGUCGGAUCCGGAAUGA